AUGAGCACUCUGAAGAAAUCCGACAAGAAAGCUGCCCUCGACUUCGCAGCGUGGAGUUUCAAUGUCACCACAUCGGUUGGAAUCAUCAUGGUCAACAAGGCGCUGAUGGCUACGUAUGGGUUCAGUUUUGGAGUUGCAGUCUGCACGGUUACUGAUGUCAGUGUGAAUGCAAGAGGUCUAAUUGCGGCUGUCAUAGCUGUUUGGAGCACAGCUUUGCAACAAUACUACGUCCAUUUUCUCCAACGCAAGUACUCUCUGAACUCAUUCAACCUCCUGGGCCACACUGCUCCAGCCCAAGCUGGGUCACUCCUGCUAGUGGGACCAUUUGUAGAUUACUUGUUGACAGGCAAAAGGGUGGAUCACUUCAGUUUCUCAUCGCUUGCUCUGUUUUUCCUGGCACUCUCAUGCUUCAUCGCCAUUGGUGUUAAUCUGAGCCAAUUCAUCUGCAUUGGGCGGUUCUCUGCUGUAUCCUUCCAAGUCCUAGGCCACAUGAAGACCGUACUUGUUCUGUCCCUUGGGUUCCUUUUCUUUGGCAAGGAGGGCCUGAAUCUUCAGGUAGUCCUUGGGAUGGUUCUGGCUGUUCUUGGAAUGAUAUGGUACGGAAAUGCAUCUGCUAAACCAGGCGGCAAAGAGCGGCGCAGCAUCCUGCCAGUGAGGUCUGCAAGUCUCAAGGGAAGUUCAGAAGAAAAGGCGGGUACCGAGAAAUAG